AUGGGAUACCUGAGACACCCGGAGACUGGUUUAACAGCUAUUUACACGUGCGUCGUCAGCGACGACUCGCUGAUCGUCGUCACGGCGGACCACGCGCACGUCAUGGCCUUCAACGGGUAUACGCACCGCGGCUCGGACAUCCUGGGCGUGUCGGACAGCCGGGACCAGGACAGAGUACCGUACAUGACGCUGUCGUACACCAACGGGCCCGGCCACCGUGCGCCGGUCGCCGGCCGCCGCGUCGACGUCACCACCGAACCAGACUUCCGCGGGCUGCGCUGGCGCUCGCACGUGGAAGUGCCGCUGAGCUCGGAGACGCACGGCGGCGACGACGUGGCGGUGUUCGCGCGCGGGCCGCAGCACGCCAUGUUCUCGGGCGUGUACGAGCAGAGCCAGCUGCCACACCUCAUGGGCUACGCGGCGUGCCUGGGCCGCGGGCGGCACGCGUGCAGCGCCCCGCCCGCCGCCAGCGCCGCGCCCGCUUCGCCCGCCUCGCACGCCGCACUGGCGCUGCUGCUGCUCGCGCUGCCGGUCCUGCACGCCGCACUAUGA